AUGCUGCAAACUUCCCAAAAAAUCUUCUUAAUUUUAGCUGGAGACUGUUUCGACAUUGCUCGAGCUGCUUAUAAUGAUGAGGACCACUAUCAUGUCAUUAUGUGGAUGGAAGAGGCUCGAAGGCGUUUGUAUCACGAAACUGUAAAAACCGCCGAUCUGGAGCAAAUUAUGGAGUUCAUGUCCUACUCGUUAUACAAGCAAGGAAAUCUCAAACACGCACUUCAGAUGGUUGAGGAGCUUUAUCAAAUCAAUCCGAAUCAUCCCCGUGCUAAAGGCAACAUCAAAUGGUAUGAAGGUUUGCUAAGAGAAGAAGGAAUAAAGAAAGCUGAUAUGAGAAGAUCACUGGGUCGCAUAAAGAACGAACGUCCGGAUAGUGCACUGGGUAAUAAGGAAAGAUCAAUGUGCGAAGCGCUGUGCAGAAGUGAAGUGCCAGUG